UCCAGCGAGCAGGAGAGGGCACCGCAACCUUCUACGGGACGGGGCAGGAAGCGGGAGCGCCCGUCCGGGCCACGGGUCGGGGUGAGGGAGUAUAAGAACCAGGGUCGGAGACCCGGCGCGCUCUGGUGCUGAAGUUGCGGGUGUCUACACAGGGUGCCUCCUGAGGGCUGGGUAGCCUCGGAUCGCGGCGCCGCAUACGCGAUGAUGGAUGAACCGUGGUGGGAAGGGCGCGUCGCCUCGGACGUCCACUGCACCCUGCGCGAGAAGAUUAUUUCCUCAAUGCCUAGAAUAAGCCUAACAUAUAGAAGGAACUGAAGCUGCCUGCCUUCCGAGCCCACUCUCCGCUCCUGAAGAGCCGCCGUUUUUUUGUUGACAUCUUGACCCUGCUGAGCAGCCACUGCCAGCUCUGCCCCGCGGCCCGGCAUCUGGCCAUCUACCUGCUGGACCACUUCAUGGACCGCUACAACAUCACCGCGUCCAAGCAGCUGUACACCGUAGCCGUCUCCUGCCUCCUGCUCGCGAGUAAGUUUGAGGAUAGGGAAGACCACGUCCCUAAGUUGGAGCAGAUAAAUAGCACCAGGAUCCUCAGCAGCCAGAACUUCACCCUCACCAAGAAGGAGCUGCUGAACACAGAGCUGCUGCUGCUAGAGGCCUUCAGCUGGAACCUCUGCCUGCCCACGCCCGCCCACUUCUUGGACUACUACCUCCUGGCCUCCGUCAGCCAGAAGGACCACCACUGCCAUGCCUGGCCCACUGCCUGCCCCCGAAAGACCAAAGAGUGCCUCAAGGAGUAUGCCCACUAUUUCCUGGAAGUCACCUUGCAAGACCACAUAUUCUACAAAUUCCAGCCUUCUGUGGUCGCUGCGGCCUGUGUUGGGGCCUCUAGAAUUUGUUUGCAGCUUUCUCCCUAUUGGACCAGAGACCUGCAGAGGAUCUCAAACUACUCUCUGGAACAUCUCAGCACAUGUAUUGAAAUCCUGCUGGUAGCAUAUGACAAUGUCCUCAAGGAUGCUGUUGCGGUCAAGAGCCAGGCCUUAGCGAUGGUACCCGGCACGCCCCCGACCCCCACCCAAGUGCUGUUCCAGCCGCCUGCCUACCCUGCGCUCAGCCCGCCCACCACCCUGGCCCAGUUCCAGGCCCCCGUGCAGGACCUGUGCUUGGCCUAUCGGGACUCACUGCAGGCCCACCAUCCAGGGAGCCUGCUCUCCGGCGGCACUGGCUCAUCUCUGCAUACCCCCUACCCGACCCUGCAGCCCUUGGAUGUGUGUCCCAUGCCCGUCCCUGCGUCCCUCAGCAUGCAGGUGGCCAUUGCAGCUGAGCCCAGGCACUGCCUGGCCACCACCUAUGGAAGCAGCUACUUCAGUGGGAGCCACUUGUUCCCCACAGGCUGUUUUGACAGAUAGGCCACCUCUGGGCCACCAGAGCAGAGGCAGAAGACACUGAAGAGAAGGCCCGGCCCAGUGAGGCAGCUAGGAGGCUGUCUUAAAGAGCCUCAUUGCCCUCGAACGUGGAGGCUUUGUGCACUCUUAGAUAAAACUGGCCCAGAGCCAAACAGUCAAUGGCAGACCUCCCUGAGAGCACUCCUCUCCAUCAGCGUUUUCCACGGUGGCUGGACUGUGAGGGAUGCCUCGGUGACAUCCUCUCAGGCAGGGCUCAGUGAAUUAAGGGCGACUUUUAAGAGGCCAGAAGAUGGGGACCUGGACGCAGGCCACGAGUCCAAAGCACGUCCAGUUGUUAGCGUUACAGACAUACUCUUUGCCCGGGGCAGCUACCGCUGAGAAGGGGCAGCCUGGUAUGUCCCAGGACCCCUGGAAGACACAGGUGCGCUUCUCUCCCUGGCUCCAUCCAGAGGGAGAGGAACCCGUGUGUGUUGAUGUCUGAGCUUCUGCCUCACAAGGCAGCGGGUGGCUGUCUUGCCUUGUCAAACCUAAAACGUUUUUCGGCCUUUUAGAUAUUUCACGUGCUGCUGUUUCCUAAAGCAAUAGAGCUUUCUGUUCAGUAAGAUGUCUUGUUUACAUACUGUAUCAGGGACUUUGUGAUACUUGAAAAUUCCUUAGGAGAAAAAAAAAAAAAAGCAAUUGCCACACUGCCUGACCACGGGAGGGCUGUAAGUGUCAACCCAUCUGGUGACAGAGAUCCCUUUUCAAAAGCAUAUGGUGGGAAGAACCACUUUCCAGGCCUUCAGUUCCAGAAGAUUCCACGUCUUGGAAGCCGUGUUCACCUGCAGAAUUUCAACGACCACCCAGGGCAGAAGUGUUUGUCGCAAGAAAGACAAAGGAUUGAAAUGAGCGCCUUCACCUCCCUCACCGUGUGCUUCCAGUGUGAGGUUAAUCCAGCCUCAGCUCUGAGCAUGGCAAGGAGUGGAGAAGAUGGCGUGGAGUCUCUGCUCACCACGGCCAAAUGUUGGGGGUGGGGAUGGACGUGGGGACGUGACCCCACCACUGACAGGCCAGCGAUUGGUUGGCUCGAAAGCCAGUGUCUGGGCAUCUGCAGCGAGAGCUCUCAGGAAGACUCGGAACCAAGUGCAAUAUGUUCUUACUCGCCGCGCAGCUCGUGCGUGGCCUGAUCUGGUUGAUCCGGGGUUGGGGACCCCGUUCACACAUCCGAACUGGGAGGUGCCCAGGACCACAGAAGCGAUUUUUGUUUGUUUGUUUUUAAACACCCCUCUUGGUUGUCUUGGCUCAUUUGCCAGUUCAGGAGGCGGCGAGGGACCGCCAGGAAGACAGCCAUGAGGUGCCGUGCUGGACCUGAAGGUGUAAAUAAAGGCGGCUGCCUCCGUGGGGAGACAGUAAGAACAGGGACUGGACGCGACGAGGCGCAGCCACUUUGUCACGGUAGCAUAGGAAACUACACGUGCGUUGGGUUUUUCUUUUUCCUUUGCCAACCUCCUCCUAUUUAUAUGCGACUGGUUUGGAGUCCAGGUUUUUGUAUGUGCCUGUUCUAGAGCUGAGGGGGUUGCGAGGUAGUUCCUCCACACCCUGGGGCCUCGCAGCCAACCUGGCUACUGGAAAAAGGCCUCUCACAAUAAAUGCAUCA